AUGUCCAUUAAAUCCCAUGUGCCCAUUGCAGACUUCCAAGUCCCAGAAAACGUGACUGUGGGUACAGUGACUCCAACAUCUGCUGACCUCAGCUGGAGCCUACAGCAGGGGAUGCAGCAGAUUCCACACACAUUCCUGAUCUCCUACUGCAGUGAAGGGACUGAACCACAGACCAUCUCUACAGAGUCCUGCAGCACAACUCUUACAGGCCUGCAGCCAGACACUCAGUACACUGCCAAUGUCUGCUGUGAGCUCAGAGAUGGAAGAAAAAGUGAGGCUGCCUCAACCAGGAUUCAAACAGCUGUGCCUCCUCCUGGGCCCAUUGAGUUCACCUCAGUGAAGCCAGACUCUGUGUGUCUGUGCUGGGGACCUCCUGAGGGACUCACUGGACCCCACACAUUCAGGGUCACGUGGAGAGGUGCAGGCAACAAAGAGCCAGGCAACAAAGAGGAGCUGGAAGAGGAAGGCCAGUGCAUGACUGUUAAAGAGCUCAGUCCAGGACACGAGUACACCUUUACUGUGGCAACCCUCAGGGAGGAAGACAGAGAGAGUCCAUGCGUGUCUGCAGAUGUGUUCACAGAUGUUCCUCCCCCUGAGGAUCUUGCUGUGGUUGUGGGUGGAGCAACAGCAUCAGUGACAUGGAGAAAACCAGUGGGAGUCCUAAAGGAGUCAUAUGUACUGAAGCUCUGGGGUGACAAAGAACAGACAACAGUCGUCAAAUCUCCUCAGCACUCCUACCCUGAGCUGAGGAUUGGGCAAGAAUACUCCAUCAAUGUUUCUACUUUGCUAAAAGGGAGAAAAAGUAAACCAGCUUGUGCAACCUUUAGAAUUGGUAUUCCAGUCCCAGAGAACGUGACUGUGGAUUCAGUGACUCCAACAUCUGCUGACCUCAGCUGGGAACUUCAUCCAGACAUGCAGCAGAUUACACACACGUUCCUGAUCUCCUACUGCAGUGAAGGGACUGAACCACAGACCAUCUCUACAGAGUCCUGCAGCACAACUCUUACAGGCCUGCAGCCAGACACCAAGUACACAGUCAUGGUGAAAAUCAGUAUUUUCCCUAUCAUGACUGAAGGUCGACCAGCCUUUGUCACUUUCCACACAGGCACUUUGGCUCCCAAGGGUUUGUCUGUGGAUGACCUUGCUGCAGUGUCUCCUGACCAAUGGACUGCCAGUCUCAGCUGGAGCAUACAGGAGGGGAUGCAGCAGUUUCCACACAGAUUCCUGAUCUCCUACUGCAGUGAAGGGACUGAACCACAGACCAUCUCUACAGAGUCCUGCAGCACAACUCUGACAGGCCUGCAGCCAGACACUCAGUACAAAGUCAGUGUCUGCACCGUACUCCAAAGUGGAGAGAGGACUAAGGCAGCAUUUAUCACAUUCCACACAAGUGAGCGGAGGAUUGUGCUGCUUGGGAAAUCAGGAGAAGGGAAAAGCAGCACUGGGAACACCAUCCUGGGAGAAGACGUCUUUCUUGUGAAGAAUUCACAGUACGCUGUAACAAACAAAUGUGAAGCUCGCAGCAACAUAGUCAACGGGAGGAAGGUCACAGUGAUUGACACGCCUGGCUUUCUUGACCCAACAACUCCGGAAAGGAUAACACAAGAGAUACUAAAAUGUAUUAAGUACAGUUCCCCUGGACCUCACGCCUUUAUCAUUGUGCUAAGUGUUGGGAGAUUCAAAAGGGCAGAUAAAGAUGUGAUAGAAAUUAUUCAGGAAUUAUUUACCUCACAGGUUUUUCGGCAUGCAGUGAUAGUUUUCACACACGGUCAAGAUCUGAAAGGUCUAUCCAUUAGAGGGUUUGUAGAGGAGAAUAGUAGUCAGAGGCUUGAGAAGAGAGCUGCCACACUGAAGGAUCUCGUAGCGAAGUGCAAUGACCACUAUCAUGCUGUGGACAAUGAGUACUGGAAACAAGAGCGGGAAGGGAAAAGCAACAAAAGACAGGUAGAGAAGCUGUUAGCAACCAUAGAAGAGAUAGUGCAGCAGGAAGGCUGUUACACUGAGGAACACAUGGCAGCACAGGGAGGAAUACUGCAGAGACUCCAAGACAUACGAUGGCAGUUUGCCAGCAGGGAGGAGAAUGGCAAAGCAGCAGAUAGACAAGUCAAACUAGUCAAGAAGGAGGAAGAGAAAUGA